AUGGCUCCUUCGCUAGUUAGCGUCACAGACGCCGUUACGGACGGGUCGGCGCGACUCGCCAAGCGCAUCGCUAUCGCGCUCAAGCCCGACAGCCCGCCCGGACUAGUAGAGGCCUUGACAGUAGACCCUUGGGACAAGUCUGGGAAGUAUGGACUGGGAUGGACGUACUUUGCGCUGGCACUGAUGGGAACCGUACUUUUCAUGCGAUUUUGGCACUUCUGGCAAGACAAAAUCCGACAAGCCAUCUACAAGCAGGAAGUUGAGCAACACUACGCCGACCUCUACAGCACCGAUCCCGAAUACGCACACGCAUUGCGCACUGGACAGACGCAACACUUUUUCCCCGAAGGCGAAGGGCUUGGAGAGAAGCAGUUCAAGCCCCAGGCUCAUUUCUCUUCCGUCGGCUUUGUCAACGACACCCUGGCCCUAUUCCGCUGGAUCUUCUAUCGCCCUAUCCCCGACUUCGUCUGGGGAAGCCAUCGAUUCACGUUCUCAUCGCUCGCCGUCUUGACCUGCGGCUUCAUCGCACUCGCCUUCGUGACUCUCUACUGCUUCCUCCAACAACCACUUUACUGGCAGAGCAUCCAGUUCGGCUCGCCACCCGUCGCCAUUCGAGCCGGCAUGAUUGCCGUCGCUCUGACUCCCUGGAUCGUCGUGACGAGUAUGAAGGCCAACGUCUUGUCCAUGCUCAUUGGUAUCGGACCAGAACGCCUCAAUGUCUUCCAUCGGUGGGCCGGGUACCUCUGUCUCUUCCUCUCGCUCGUCCACACCGUGCCUUUCUACAUCCAACCGGUGUGGGAUGACGGCGGCAUGCAAGUCUUCUCCAGGCUCUUUGACGGCGGAAGCGGCGUCAUUUACGGUACAGGCAUUGCGUGCCUUGUUCCACUGGUUUGGCUUUGCGUUGCGUCUCUCCCUUUCAUUCGACGUAUUGCAUACGAGGUCUUUGUCAUGCUCCAUGUCCCGGCGGGCAUGGUUUAUGUCGGUUUGUUGUUCUGGCACACGAAGAACUUUCUGGCCUCUUGGGACUAUCUCUGGGCGACCAUCGCGAUCUGGGUCGUCUGUUACAUCAUUCGCCUGUUCAACUUGAACUGGACCAAACCAUGGAGACUGAGCUUCAUGGUUGGUGACGAGGCUGCCAUUAGCUUACUUGCCGAGAACGCCAUCAAGAUCACCAUCCCUACCCAGAUGCGAUGGAAGCCGGGCCAAUUCGUCUAUCUCCGGAUGCCUGGUAUCUCGUUCUUCGACAACCACCCUUUUACCAUUGCAUCGCUUUGCAGCGAUGACUUUCCCUCCGAAUAUGGAGAACAGUACCGCGAUUGCAUGUUGGUCUUCAAGCCGUACGGCGGCUUUACUCGCAAGGUCCUCGACACAGCCAUUGAGAAGGGACCGUUUCACACCUACCGGGCAUUCCUGGACGGACCUUAUGGAGGCAUGCGCAGAGAUCUUGCUGCCUUCGAUACGUGCAUUCUCAUCGCAGGUGGCAGUGGUAUCACUGCGCUGAUGUCUCAAUUACUGAACCUUAUCAAACGAAUGCGGGAUGGGAAGGCCAUCACACGGAAGGUGGUCGUUGUCUGGGCCCUGAAGAGGCUCGAAGCAAUGGAUUGGUUCCGCGAAGAGCUUCGAAUUUGCCGUGAGUCGGCGCCUCCCGACAGUGUCACCUGCAAAUUCUUUGUCACAUCGGCAGUGCGCAACAGGGCCAUGAUGAUUGCCCCUGGUGACCGAUCCGCGCCUCGGGCCCUGAGCCACAUGUUCCACGACAAGUUGGACGGAUUUGUUGCAGGCAUCGCAUCAAAGCGCAACUCUGCUCUCAUACAAUCGGUUGCGCAAGGCGACCCUCAUCGCGAGCAAGAACUUCGUGCCGAGCAGGAGGACAGGAUCACAGCCCUGCCGCAACAGAAAUACCUCCAACCUCACCAGUAUCCUCCACCGCCUCCAGGGCCGCCACCAUCAGACCGAUUCUCACCGCAAGAGGAGUCACUACGCAGACUUGAAGGGCGCGACUUCGACAGAGACGAAGACCCGGACGCGAAGAAAGACCCUAGCGAUUUCCAGUUCACUCGCGGUCAUAUCAAGGGCGACCAACCGCACUUCAACUAUGCUCCGCCAUCACCACGGAAGGUGCCUGACGCCAACCCAGAGCACGUUGACGUCCCUAUCCAGCCACCAGAGUUGGCUCACCUCCGAACUCUUAAUCUCCCCAACUCGGGUCAGCCUCGACCCACAAGUACCUUCGGGCCUCCGUCCGGCUUCGAUUUCGGUUUCCCCGAGACCCCAACCGAGUUCCAGAAGAACCUCAUGCGAUUUGCCUUCCCGGUUCCGCAUCAAAUCGACGGCGGCUGGAGCGUCGAGUACGGUCGACCCGACCUCGGUUACAUGCUCAAGGAGUGGGCAACAGGAGGAGCUGAUGGAAGAGGUAUCCUCGGCAGGCGAACAGCCGUCUUUGUCUGCGGGCCACCGGGCAUGAGAGUCGGCGUCGCCAACACCGUCGCCAGGCUGCAGGCAGAAAUCUGGGGUGACGAUAAACUCGAGGAGAUCUACCUGCACACUGAGAACUACGCCCUAUGA